AUGGCAUCAGCAUCCCCGUCCCUGGCCUUAGACCCGGACGAAAGAGAGGGUAUGCCUAUGACUCAAUUCACAAGUGUCCAAGACCUCUUCGAGGUAGUCAAGCAAGUCCAAGGCGACUUUCUUAUUGUUAAGAAUGUCUCUUCUACCGAUUUUGCGACCCUAUAUCUCCGAGAAAAGCGCCCCUUUUCCCUACCGACCUUCACGAAGCACUUCACCAUGGGCUCUGGCAGGGGUAUCGCGACAAACUUCACCACCUUUCGACCGCAAGGUUACCCUGGAAGCGAUGGUGGAGAAGGCGAUUCAAGUGGUGGCCCAAUAGCAGUACAUGGUCCUAAAGGCUCCUGGCCAACGUUGGUCAUUGAGUCUGGAGACUCUGAGACUCUAUCUGCCCUCCACGAUGAUAUGAGGUGGUGGUUUUCAGCGUCAGACCACGAAGUCAAGAUUGUGCUUAUUGCCAAAUUUGAUCACCAGAACCAAACGAUCAUUAUCGAGAGAUGGGAAGAAGAGUCACAGAAUCACCAAGGAGCCACAAAUACACGACAGGUAACCGGAGGCAAUACUCCCCGGCCAGUAUUACGGCAGAGUAUUAUAAUUACUGAGGAUACAACCACCAAUCCAGAGUCAUACCAUGUUACUAGCAGUGGACUGGUACUUUCGUUUCGACUUCUAUUCCUCCGAGAUCCAGGACCACAAGAGGGAGAUUUUAUUAUUAGUAUCCCAGAACUGGAGGUUUAUGCAAGUAUGGUCUUCCUAAACGUUUGA